GAAUGUAUCCGGUCCCUUGAUCAAGAGCAGUCACACACACCUUUCAGACAAAGCAAACUUACUCAGGUUUUGAAAGACUCAUUUGUUGGUGACUCAAUGACAUGCAUGAUUGCCAACAUUUCACCUGGCCACAUAGCAACUGAACACACACUUAAUACACUGAGAUACGCCGACCGGGUGAAGGAGUUGAGGGGACAGGGAGGACUAAGAGGAGGAAGAAGAGGCAAGAUAAUACCCUCCCCCAAACCUAACCUGUCCAACAGCAACAGCAGCAGCAGCAGCAAUGGCAGCAGUAGUGGCAUUCAAGGGAAAAGCCCCCCUAAAAAGCCAAAGUUAGGGAGACAAAGAGAGGCUUUUGGCCCCACCACACCUUCUACAAUGUUGGCAUCAGGGGGCGCAAUUCUCUGCUCCACACCCAAGAACAGCAAAUGGGGAGAGGCAACAAGUCCAAGAGCAAGAAGGGGAAUUGGACUUGAACAAAUUACACCAGUCAGAGGCUUGCUAGAAAUGGGUGAUAAGAGGGAGGGGAGGGAGAGAGCAUUUGGGAGGGAAGGUAGAAGAAGAGAAAGGUUUGAAGGAACUGACAGUGCAGGUCACUUAAUUAGAGACCAGAUCGUCGGGGCAGGGCUGGUCUUGGGAGAAGCAACAGAUGAGCACCUUCAGACAUGGGGGUUACAGGGGGAAUGUGGAUUCUACCACAGAGAAAAAGAGAACCAACAAAGCACUUUGGAAAGGGGUAAAGAGGAAGAAAGAAGGCGGAGAGAACAGAGAAGACAAGUGGAAAGCAGUAGAGACACAUGUAGCAAAGUAGAAAGGCUAAGGGAGACAGAUUUACAAAUGUGUGAUGAAAAGGAUAAGGAGAAACAUCUGAGACAGUAUCACCAGCAGCUGCAACAGUUUAUGCCCUCAUCUGUUUCUUCAUCUGUCCAUCUCUUCUCACCCUCUACACCGUCUUUCUCUUCAUCGAAUCAGGCCUCUCUCCCCUCCUCUGCCUCUCCAUCUUCCUGUUCUUCUCUCCAACACUCUUCCUGCCUCUCAGUUUCUGCCUUUAUGCAUCAUGGUUUGGAAGAGGUUUUAGAUGCAUACAGAGCCAGGGUUGAGGUUAGGGCUGAUGGUAACAGAGGACAGUUGUCUUUCUUCCCAAGUGGAGAUACUUGCUUACAAACUAAAACCUCUCCAAGCUACAAUAAAAACAAGGAUGAGGUUGGUCAUGGUAAGUCAGGUGGUACUGGUGAACAUUGUAGGGUAUCUUGGGAAGGAGCAGAGGCAAGAUUUGGACAAGACGGAGGUAAAAGUGAGAAGAGGUCACUGAAGGCAACAGGUGAAGGAGAGGUUAGAGUAAGGAGGGAAGACCGGAGGCCAGCUGGGAUGGAAGGAGGAGGAGAGAGGAGGUGGGCUUGGGUGGCAACGACAGAGAGAGAACAGGCAGAGAGGAUGACAGGUGCAGUGCCAGGUAACGCAGAGGCAACAAUGUCUCACAACUGUGAUUCAGAAGAGAGUAGAGUGGUUGAGGAAAGACUAGAUGCCUCAGAUCACCCAGCUGAUGGAGUGUGGAGUAAUGAGGAGCAAGAAGGAGCUGACCACUAUGGCUUAGUGUCCACCCACAGCAACAGCAUAUUUAACCACCCUCCUGUUAAACCACCCCAUCCACGAGCGCCUGCAGAACGACCCCUCUCCCCAGGCUGUGAACAUACCAACACACUCCUGACCCCUAAUAAACUCAAUGAUCUCUCCCUUAUAUUAAAACAUACAAGAUGCACCUCAAACAUCCUGCCUCCACCGCUGCAAAAUGCCCAACAGGGAGUGACAUCAAGCAGCCCUAGAAUGAAGGAACCAUGGUUUGCUGCUAAUGCCAAUAAAAGAGAGUUUUCAAAUACUCAAUCGACCACACUCCCUCUCACUUCUCCCAUCGCACAGAAUGGAUGUAAAAUACCUGCAGAACAUCCAGCUGACACUCAGGUACACAACCAUCCAGGGGUCAAACCCAAAAUGUCUAUUUUACCUCAAGAAGAGACUUCUGCAGAUUCUCACAGCUACAUCAUGGACCCCCUCAGUAUCUCCUUGCUUCAAGUGGACCAACAGGUUGCCACAGCCUCGUUCCUCCAAGGGGAACUGAACAACACCUCACUCUCUCCACUUGAGAAUGAAAGGGGAGAAGAUAACAGGAGGGAAGUGCGAAAAGGGCAUCUCACAUGUGCGGAGAAAGCGGUGAAAGUUGUAGAGGACGAGGACGUAGAAUUGCGCCUGUCUCUUUUGGAGCUGCCACAAACCCUCUGCCCUCCCACCUUUGACACCAUGAAAGCUAUUAAUCACUGUCACAAUCAUUGUGGAAUAGGCAUGAUGAAGCCUUCUAUCGCUGAGGUUAUGCUGGUCUCCCUCCAAGACCAAGAUAACAAUCAUAAACCUCAAACCAUGCCAGCUAUUGAAGUCCUGGGCAAAAGAGUCCUUGCAUCGCAACGUAAACCCUGUACACAUGCUUCUAUGCAAACUUCUGUCCAGCACUCUGGGAACAGUAGUUCACACAGCUCGCACAAUCUAAUGACAAAUGGUGCCACCCAAAUGCCACCAGAAGAUACACCCAAUGUGCACAACAAACUCGCUUCUUCCCUUUCAGCGAGACAGUCAGAAAGUGUCUUGGGCAAGGCGAACAAAUUGCCAAAGCAGUGUCACACCGUACAAAUAGACCAUUCCAACAACUCAAUCAUCUCACUCCAACUAAACUACUCUACAGAAUCAAAUAAUCAAGAGGGCACCAGCAAUCGACAAAUUAGACCUAUAAUCCAUCUGUCCACACUGGAAGACCUGAAGCAUGGCCAGUGGCGUGUUGUCCAGGCCCAUUGGGAGCAGCUAGAAGAGAUGGAAGCUUUAUGUCGUAAAGAGGGGACUCUUCUCUGCCAACAACCUGAUAUGGCAUUUGGGGAAUAUGUCCACAAGCUGCAGGAGAUCAUGGAGAGAAAGGCAGAGUGUGUCCACAGCAUGAUAGCCCAGCUGCAGCCAUAUCUUCAGCCCAAUCAUUCUAACUAACCACACAACCAAAGAAGAUAUUGACGAUCCAAUUAUUUGAAUAAACUAAGUUAAUAAUCA